GAACUGCAGAUAAUUAGCUGGUACCUAAGUAGACUUUAGGUUGUGUGUGUGAGAGAUAGGAGCCAGCUGAAAAUCACAAAAAAAGGGAUACACAGCCCAAUGACACCAAAGUAUCUAAUUAAGGGGUUCACGCACAUAAUUCCGUGAUGCCUAAAGUUUCUCGGGGGUUGGAAUUUGUCAACGUGUUGUUCCUUGGUUUGCCCACACCCAAUUCAAGCUUCUCUCUCUUCUUCAUUACCCAACUUUCUUGAACUGAGUUUCUUACACAUAUUCUUCUCGUCGGAUUGUGCUUCUGAUUCUUACCUCUACUUCUAACCUCUACUUCUUCUGCAUCUUGUUGCGGUCAUUCAACUCGUCGCCGACUUUACGCAAACUCCCGUCGUUAUUGAGUAUUAUCGAGCACCUUUACUCCAUCUACCAACCACUACUCCAAAAACUCCAAAAUCUACAGGGUAGAUAGAAACGCCGGGCAAUUCGCAUGUCUACACUGCGUAUCCCAACGCUGUUAACCUCGGCACAAUCAAACCAGAUUGAGCUCGUCAGCCCACGCCUACGCCCACAUACUACGCAUUCACGGUCGCGAUACCGGUCCCGAUGGAAGCCGCAUCUCGCCUCGCCCUGAUGGCCAUCGUCACCCGGGCAGGAAGUCCGCAACAGCAGCUACGGCAACAUCUACAGCAGCAGCGGGUGCCAAAGCAGCAUCAACAGCAGCAACGAGACGAAAAGGCGGCGUGGAAACAUCUUCACCAUCCCCUGGUUACCGUCGUCGAGUAUGACGUUGAAGCGCAGGCGGGUCUGGGUGCAAGAGAAGCAACAGCAGCAGCAGCAGGGGAGGGGAAGAGAACAUUGGGGAACCUGGGCCACCACCACUACCACCACCAGCGUUCCUCGGGACGUCGGGGGAGCGCGGGGAGUUCGAGCUCGCGGUCGAGUGACGGGGAGAACGGUGCGAUGGCUGCGCGAGGUGGAUUGGAGGCCGUUGCGUGGUGGAUUCUGAUGGGGUUGGAACUGUGUGUCGUUGGCGGUGUUGAGGGCUGGAUCAUUUACAUGGUGUACAACGCCGGCGGUGAUUUUGCGAUUUGGAACUGGUUAUCCCAGUUCGCGUCGCCUGCCCUGAUGAUCCUCCUCAGCGUCUCCCUCUCGGCGGCCCUGCUACGCGGGGUCGGCUGUCUGAACAGGCUUGGGGAUUUGGGGUUCCAGGCGGCCGGUCUGGUGCUGGCCACGUUUUGCGCCGUCGUAGUGUGCGCUGGUGUGCGUGGUGUUGAGGAGGGGCAGGGGGAGAACGGCGACAGGUUGGAGAAGAAGGGGGUGCGGGUCGUCGUCGGGUUGGCUGUCAAGAUGUGGUUCCUCUUCUUCAUUGGCUUCCUGUGUGCCGUGUUCCAGUGGUACAGCGAAGACCGGCAGAGGACAACAACAUCUACGACGAACCAGACGCCGCUACUACCAAAGAAGGGGAAGAAGAAGGAGAGGGGCUACGGCACUACCACGGGCGGAUUGGCGACCGUCGACGAGACGGUUGAGGGGUUUGUGAGCGACCUAUGAGAGGCGUGCGGAUGGUCUUCUCCCCCUUUUUUUUUCCAUUACUGAUGAUGAAUUCGUUUUUUUUUCCACGACGAGCAUAUGCAUGAUGAGCGCGCGCGCGCCUACAUUACAACUGAGUUCCGCGACAUUCCGAUACCCCCUUUUUACCCGGCUCCUUUUCAUCCGGCCGUGGUACUUCUGCGUUAGCCUACGAGCGGCAACAGCUACUACCAUUCUACUGUACUAGAAUAGCCUUUUCUUUCGUGUCACUGUCAUAUAUAGCUAGCCUUUUUCUUUGUCAACCUGAUGAGAUGAGAUUACUUGUACCUAUCUUACUGGCUGCUUCGCCGGUUACUUCUGCUUGGCAUCAAUUGAUGUAGGACAAUUUAUCCCACCCGAAUGAUAGUUACCUUAUGCUGCCGUGAUUCGAUCGCGUUUGAUGCCACGACACAUUUACGUGCGAUAGGUAGCCAUGCGACAGCCAGCCAGCCAGCUCGUCGAUAC